UUAGCAGAGCAAAACACCAAACUGCUGCUUCCGCACUGUUUCCUUGUUUAUUAGUUUUAGGGAAAACAGUGCCUUUAGAAGAGAAAAGUUGUUGUUUUUUCUUCUCUGGAAACGACGAGAGCUCCUCCACAAGAUUGUCGCAGAUAUCUGACCACGUCUGAUGUCCAAGAGGGAAUUAGGAUCUGAGUUUCACCACAACAAAGUCUGAGUUCUGAAUGGCCACAGCUGCAGAGGAGCCUCCAGGGCUACAGGGCCUCUCUGGUAAUUCGACUGUGACUCGAAAAAAUGCUUCUCCCGAGAGUCCAAGCACCAGCAUGUCUCCGGCCAUGAAAAAAACGAUUGGCCAUCGUGGAAUUGAUCCCACUGGGGAGACGACGUACAAGAAGACAACAUCAUCCGCCUUGCAAGGCGCUAUCCAGUUAGGCAUCACGCACACGGUGGGCAGCUUAAGCCAAAAACCUGAGAGAGACGUGCUGCUGCAGGACUUUGAAGUGGUCGAAAGCAUCUUCUUUCCCAAAGAGGGCAGUAACCUGACACCAGCUCACCACUAUGGAGACUUCAGGUUCAAGACGUACGCCCCAAUGGCCUUCCGCUACUUCAGGGAGAUGUUUGGCAUCCGGCCUGAUGACUACAUGUACUCUCUGUGUAAUGAGCCGCUGAUUGAGCUGUCAAACUCUGGGGCCAGUGGAUCUCUCUUCUACGUCUCCAGUGAUGAUGAGUACAUCAUUAAGACAGUGCAGCACAAAGAGGCGGAGUUUCUGCAGAAACUACUUCCAGGAUACUUCAUGAACCUGAACCAGAACAAACGGACCUUAUUACCAAAGUUUUAUGGACUCUACUGCGUCCAGGCAGCGGGUAAGAACAUCCGUAUUGCAGUCAUGAACAAUCUGCUUCCGAGCGCCGUAAAAAUGCACCUCAAGUAUGAUCUAAAGGGCUCCACCUACAAGCGAAGGGCUUCAGCUAAGGAGAAGGAAAAGGCCGUGCCCACAUACAAGGACCUGGAUUUCAUGCAGGACAUACAUGAUGGGUUGUUACUGGAAGGGGACAAGUACAGUGCUGUUUGCAAGACCAUCCAGAGAGACUGUCUGCUUUUGCAAAGUUUUAAGAUCAUGGAUUACAGCCUUCUGGUGGGAAUCCACAAUGUAAAUCAGGCGUGUCAAGAACAAGCCAGCGAAGAGGCCGGGGCUGUGGACCAAAGGCGGCCACAAGGUCAAAAGUCCCUGUACAGCACUGCUAUAGAGGCCAUCCAGGCUGAGGCAGGGAGCAUGGGAUCACUGGACACAGAGGACAAAACGGGAGGAAUCCCAGCGCGAAACUCAAAAGGCGAGCGGCUGCUGGUGUAUAUUGGUAUCAUAGACAUUCUGCAGUCCUAUAGAUUAGUUAAGAAGCUUGAACACUCAUGGAAAGCUCUGGUUCACGAUGGGGAUACUGUAUCGGUUCACAGACCAAGUUUCUACGCAGAACGAUUUCAGAAGUUCAUGUGCAGUGUAGUGUUCAGGAAGCUCUCGUUAAAAACCUCGCCGUCUAAGAAGCGCCGUUUAGUGGCACAUGUUCCUUUGAGAAAGACAGCUGGCUCAGGGCCUUCUCUGUCGACCCAAACCAGCACCAACAGCCAACACCCUUUACUCCAACAUCAACUCAGCUCUGAGACCAAAGAAGACACAGAAGGAGACAAUGUCAUGCAGUCAGGUCAUCCUGACCUCCUCCCAAAGACCUUACUGCCCAGUGAUGCUGUUGGCACCGCUACUGAAACAGCUGUCUCCUCUUCCUUGGAAAACCUUGGAUUUGCUUCCACAAGCCACCCUCUGCCUCACUCUCAGGAUGCCUACAAGUCAGUGGGAGUGGAUUUAAACAACACAUUGAGCAAAGACAAGGAGCACAGCACCACCAAGAGAGCUCAGUAUGAAGAAAGUUCUGAGGAUGUGAUCUCACUCAGUGACAUUGUUUCUGAUGCAAGCAAAUGCUCUGUAUAGAAAAAUGAACUCAAAUGAAUCGAGACACACUUGGAGGAUGUUAUUAGCAUGGAUGAAAUGUUACAACCCUGCCUUGGUGUGAUUUGAGGUAAAGUUUUUCAGCGAGACCAAGGGGGAUAUUAAAUGUUUUUUUGUUGUUUGGUUUUUGCACUUUGAUUUCCAAAUCACAAGAUGGUAUGAGCAUGUAAGUGGGCGGUUGUGUUCUGACACUAGUAAUUGUCAGUACAUUAAUGCUGUGGUUAUUGAACACUAUUAUUCAUCUCGUAGGAAUGCUUCUAUGCACAACCAAAGAUUGCUCUUGGCACUAACGGCUCAAUUCAGCCAGCUUUCAAUGUAGAGUGUAAAAUGAGGACUUUGCCUUAAUUGAGAAUGUCUUUAUUUAAGCUUUGUUAUUUCAAAUUAUUAUUAUGUUUUUUUAACUAAUUCCUCUUUUGUGUUUACCAAAUUGUUGUAGCUUAUCCUCAUGCAUUCUUGGCUCUGCUACAUGUUUGACUCAGAUGCUUUAACACAAACUAUGUGAUUUGGGUUGGGAACACAGUUUUAAAUAAAAGGUUUUUAUUUUUUAAAGAAAUUACUUUACUGGGUAAGCUGCCAUUUUUUUAAGCCUACUCUGAAUGCAUAUCAUGCUGGAACAAGAGGUGAUCCUCAGCUUGAGGUGUCUAUUUAACCAGCUAUUCUGAUAAUGGACUGUGAAUCCUAAAUGUGACCUCAUGUUCAGGUCAAAGAGUUAUAUUAAAAUCAUUUUUUUAUACUUAUCUGUAUGAUCUGAUAUCAGUUUCAGGUUUAGUAUGUAGACUGGCUUAUGUCCAAAUGUGACCAAAUAACUGAUGCAAGGAGCAGUUUGUGUUUUAAGGCUUUUGGGUAAUUUUAUACAAAAGAACCACCUCCUCCCUGAUCAGUUGUGAAGGGGGAAAUGAAUCACAUUCUUAACAGGAGCUCAAUUAACAAAAACACAUUAUUCACUUUAAAGUGUCAUGUACGAAAGAGCAUGACAUUGUUACAAAUGUGGUACAAUCACUUGGUUUUUCAUUAUAAUUUAUUAUAUUAAAAAACGUACUAUAGUAAAUGUUUGCAGUAUAAGCAGGUGUCCCAAUGUGGCUAUAAAAUAGAACGGAAACUAAAAGAGCAGAGCGUAGCUAACUUUUAGAUGUACCUGCAGUAAAUAAAAUGUACUGUUUCAUGGUAUUUCUAUUGAUUCAGUGCAGCUUACAGUAUGUACAUAUUCUAACACUGCAGACCUGGAGAACAUAACACAACUUUGUAAGUAGUUAUAUUUUAUAUAAUCAUAAAUUGCAUUGUUGGUGUUAUUUAUACUAAGCAUCUGAAACCAGCCCCCACUAAUAUCAUCCAGUUGCUACAGCAAUAGCAGUUUUAGACAUGCAGGUCAGUCCAACCUGCACCAUCUAAAGGCAAAAGUUUAGCAGCAGUUUAGACCUGAAGAGUGAUUUGCACCACCUACAGGCAAAGAAAGUGACAGCUUCAGCAACUUUGUCACAGUUGCCACCUUACGACCAAUGAGUGCAAGAACAGUUUGUUUGUUUUUGGAUGGUGUUAGUAUGUGAAUGUUUGCCGUUUUAUUUUUUAUAUUUUAACCCCACGAAACGUUUUGAUUGAUUGGUAUAGUUUAUCCUCUGUCCUGGUUACUUUGGAGAAAGGAGAUUGUAUUUGUCCAAAGAAAGAAACCCAGAUGGGGAUACACUGGCCAAAAUAAAAUUAGCAAUGUAGUUUGGUAGGAGUUUUGACUUUGCUGCUAAAUAUAUAAACAUGGGUGAUACUGCAUUUUCUUAAAGUAUUUCUAAUACACUUUUCUACUAUUUGCGGUAGGUCACUGCUAAAAGUAAAAAAACGAUGUAGGUCACUCAAUAUAAUAUGGAUUACUCAAAUUUGAGUUGUUAUGUUAACCACAUAUUAAAGCCUAUAUAUUUUCACACUGAUGUAUUGCUUUUAUUCAUAAUUCACUUUUGUUGAUUUGUUGCAUGCCCCAACCAAGGUAUAGUUGUAAUUUUGUCACUAUCAAAAUGUUGAUGGCUGCCUGGUGUGUGAAAGUAAAAAGACAAAACUGUUCAGUCUACUUUUUGUAAACUCAAACUGGUAGAUGUAUUGGUGCUUCGAUACAAGUUAGCACUCAAAAUGGGUGUGCGAUGUUUAACAUUUAUAAAUGUUUGAUGUUUCAAAAUGCAGAAAUGUAUUAGAAUACAUUUUUUGUCCGAAAGCAUACUUAUUAAAUAAGUCAUUUGAAAGAUGCUUCAACUAUGCAACAAUAUUUGUUUACAGCAUAUAAAUAUUUCUGAAUGAAUAGAUGGUGCAAUACAUUUAAUGAAUUAUAAUUUUUCCAACUAAGAUAAGAUGAAUAAGCAUAAUUUGGGUAUUUUAAUUCAUCCUGUAAAUGGUAUGUGGAGUUUUUUUUCAUUAUGCUGGCAGUUCUAUCAAACUGUCAAACAAUGCUUUGUCCCUGUAUUUAAAGUGAAACUGUGUUUUUGUAAAAAAAACUCCUAUGAACCCAACUUGUACAUAAUCAUAUGUAUUAUAGUAUUUAUUACUGUAUGUAUUGCUCUGGUGUCCAAAAUGUUUAUCAAUAGUGAUUACAGAUUGAAAAUGUGCCUUUCUGCACAACACGCCUGUAUCUAAGUCUGUUUUAAUGUUAUAGAGUAAAACCUUUGUUUUCUGUAUACUUUGUUAAUUGGUCUUCACUUGCCUUUGAAUUAUAUACAAUAAAUCGGUGCCCAUCUGUAUGCAAGAAUCACAACAAAGCUUUUUUUUUACACAAUGUAUUUAUAAGUCCUCUAUCUUGCUCUUUUGGGGAUGUCAUGUUUUUGUACACUUGUACCCGAUUAAACAAAAAAAGAUGUUG